AUUGUUUGACAAAUGGUACCGUAUGUCUUCGAAGAUUUGCGACUGGUGUGAAAUUUUUGUAUAAAAAUUCUGAGGAAGGAUGAGCCGCAAAUAAAAACAUGUCAAUUAGGGAAAAUCUUGCAGAGCUGGGCUGGCACAUUAGUCAAGAAGGUUUUGAUACUAUUAGCGAGAACGGAGCAAUUCAGGAUGUAGAUGUUCUAAGCAGACGUGCUUUAGACUAUGACCUGCGGGACAUUGGCGAGGCCGCCUUUCCUGAGGACUUCCCGAAGGACCCGUCGAAGCUCGAGAAGCCGAUCGUAGUCCAAAUACAAAAGAUAAGGAAUGUGUCGGCUCCAAAAGCUAAUGAAGAGUCAAAUUAUGCACCUCGAAUGUUAAAAUUGAUUUUAAAUGACGGGAAAAGUUCAUGCACCGGAUUAGAGACGAGCUCAAUCUCUAGUUUAAGUAUAAACACACCUCCGGGAACCAAACUUUUGCUGAAGAAUGAGGGGUUGGAGGUGUGCCACGGGGUCAUCUGGCUCACUCCCAGUGUGGUCACAGUGCUGGGGGGUAAGGUGGCCCACAUGAUUGAAAAGUGGGAGUUGGUCCGGAGUCUUGCUAGGCACACUAGGGGGGGUGUUGGAGUGGAUGGGGGCCCCCCGCCAUGGAUCCCUUUUGGCCAACGCCUGGAAGCCGUCACUGUGGACAAGCAAUUCAAGAGCAUACAAGAGGCCGCUAAGCAGGACAAUGCUGAGUUUGAGGCGCAAAGGAAAGGUGCUAUUGCUGAGGCUCAGAGGUUGUCUGGAGUUAGAAAGGUCUUUGGCGGAGGCACGAAACCCUUACUGGACGCUAAUGUCCAGAAAAUCAUUGAUGCAGGCUUCACCGAGGAGCAGGCUGAGAAUGCUCUGCGAUAUACAAAGAAUAAUGUUGACCGAGCCCUAAGGAUGCUGCAAAAGAGAGACAACUCUGAAAACAGGAGAGAGAGGCAGCAGAAAGAACCGGAGCAACCCAAGCGCAAGGGGCGUAACAAGGAACCUAAUGAUGACGACAACAUUGCCGUCAAACCCUCCGGAAAAGUGUCUCUGUUCGACUUCUUAGAAGAUAAACUACCCAACGUUCCCGAAAAGGACAAAAGCAACCGUCAAUAUAACAAUAACACUAAUGACGAUAGGGACAGUAGGAAUUACAGGGACAGGGAUAGUAGAGAUAGAAAUGGUGGCAAAAACAAUCAGCGGCCCCAAGGAUCGCGGUUUGACGGCAACAACCGGCCCCGGCCCGACAGAGGGCACUACAACGACGGCCAUCACUCACACAGGGAGGACAGGAAAUAUCAGCCACCCAACGAGAAACCGCCUCGCUUUCAGAAAAAACUGGAGGAAAAGAAUAAACAACAACAGCAGCAAGCGAAUUAUAAUGUAAACACUAAUCCAUACGGCAACUCUUAUCACAACCCGCCGCAGCCUCAAUACGGGGAUAGGAAUAUGCGCAACGAUAGGAUCAAUGAGAAGAUGCAGCAACCUCAAUACCGGAGCAACAACCACAUGGACAGCCUGACGGAGGCGACGUCGAACCUGAGCCUGCUGUCGAGCCAGCGGCCGGAGUCGCGCGGGUACCCCGAGCAGUACCACAAGCCUUACAUGCCGGCCGUCGCCGCCGCCCGGGACGUGCCGCCCUUCCGCCGCGCCGCCGACCCGCCCAAGUACCAGGAGCCCUACCAACGGCGGCAGCAGCCUAAUGGGUACAUGGAGGCGGCGUGCCUGUACGGAGCGCCGGCCUCGGCGCCGGCGGGCGUGGGCUACAACUACUCGCGGCCGCUGUACGGGCACGGGCAGCACGCGCAGCACGCGCAGCACGCCCAGCACGCGCAGCACAGUCAGCACGCACAGCACGCGCAGCAAGGACAGUACGCACGCGAGCGCGGCCCGUUCCUGCCGGGCUCGCUGCUGGGCUUCCAGAACGCCGCCGUCAACGAGCAGGCGCGCGCCAUGCUGGGCGUGGCCGACAUACGCUGGAAGGUCGGCGACCGCUGCCUGGCGCUCUACUGGGAGGACAACAACUUCUACGAGGCGGAGAUCACCGGUAUAUCCGCUAACACGGUAGUAGUGAAGUUCUGUGCGUACGGCAACCACGAAGAAGUCCUUAAAUCCAAUUGUCUGCCCUUUCCCAACCAAGGUUAG